AAAAUCGAUAUAUAUUCCCCUGAAAAUUUUUGAAGUGAAUAUAACCCCCAUGCUUUGGGGCUUAAGAAUGCUUUUGAAAUAAAGCAGAAGACAAUGGCAUUUUAAUAUUGGCAUAAAUUGCAUUUAAAUACAUUGUACCCAAAGCCGGCCUUGGACAAGGAGCUAAAAAUAUAUAAUACGUAUAUACAAUGGGCAAGGACUACUACAAGAUUCUAGGUAUAGAUAAAUCUGCCAACGAUGACGAAAUUAGAAGAGCAUAUCGUAAGAAGGCACUGCAGUACCAUCCAGAUAAAAACACUAGCCCUCAGGCAGAGGAGAUGUUCAAGGAAAUUGUGGCAGCGUACGAAGUGCUCUCGGAUAAAGAAAAGCGUGCUAUAUUUGAUAGGCACGGAGAGGAGGGCCUAAGUAGUUCGUCCACUACAUUUACACAGGCCACACCUGACGCAGAUAUGCUUCCUUUCAUCUGUGUUGUCGGCGGAUCUGUUUUGUUCGCAUUUGCGGCGUACAAAACAUACGAAUUUUUUACGAAGAAAAAGAAAGUUCAGGGAGCUGAUAACGAUUCAUCUUCAGAAUAAAAGUUGCAGUAAAAGUGAAGAUUUUAAUCUCGAAUGUGUGUGUAUAUAGAUGUACUCCAUGUCUGACAACUCAUAUUAAAACUAAUGCUUGUAUAAUUGU